GUGGUGGUGUUUUAUUAUAUAUAUAUUUUGAAAUUUACGCUGGCGCAAUUCCUUUGGGGUUUGUUUUGUGUGUUUGUCUUCAAGAAGCCUCUUGUGGGGGGCCUCUCUCUCUCUUUUUUUUGCCUUUCAGAAGCGAACGGCCAGUGUGUGCAACGAAUCCGUUAAUUCGUGUGCCACUCACAUCCUUGCGAACAAAUUUUUUUGUACAUUUUGUUCUCUCCCCUCCCUCGCUCUGUCUGUCUGUCUUUCUGCCUCUCCCCCCCCCCUCUCUCUAGCAGUUCCCGAAGGAAAUUCUUUCCCCAAGUUUGGACAAACUUUUCCUGAACCACAGGGAAGCGGAUCCUGAGGGUUGCCAAGAGAAGAGGAAAGACCGCAGCGAAGGGCCAUGCAUCAGAGAGGCAGCACAUGCUGAGCAACGCGGGCCGUUUUCAACGCACCACAACUCCUUGCCUGUGCCUGCUGCUUCGGAAAAAGCAUCUGGCAGCCAAGGAUGGCUGGCACGCCACUCGUGACCCCUCGCUUAGUAUGAGUGGUCGCUCAGAGAAAGAAAUGUGGGGUCAGAUCCGAUCCGCCUGGUCCAACGCUGCCCAGCCCGCAAAGAUUCCUCCCACCCAUGAUGGCAACAGCCUGGAAACUUCUAACCUGGACCCUCAUCUCCACCAUGUCUGCGGGCAACCUUCCUGGCUACAGUUUCCAGUCACAAGAGGAGUUCCUCUCCAGCCUCGACCACUAUGAAAUUGCCUUUCCGGUCCAGGUGGACCAAAAUGGGGACUUCGUCAGCUUCGAUGUGAGAAGUCCACGCCAACGGCGGUCCCGGCGCCACGCCGGCCCACCGCUCUACGAACAGCCGGAGCAGCAGGUUUUCUACAAAGUCUCUGCCCACCGGACCCAAUUCCUCCUGAACCUGACUUUGCACUCCAACCUCCUGGCCGAGCGCUUCCGGGUGGAGUACUGGAAACGAGGCGGGGUGGACCAGCACCACGAAUUCCACGAGAACUGCCACUACGCCGGCCACUUGCAGGAUAAGUUCCUCAGCUCAAAAGUAGCCAUCAGCAACUGCAACGGACUGCAUGGCGUCAUCAUCUCCGAAGAUGAGGAAUAUUUCAUCGAACCACUGAAUACCGAAUUUAACACCAGUGAUGGGCAGGAAAGCGAACGGACACCCCACGUGGUAUACAAACGGUCGUCCCUCCAACACCCGCACAUGGAUGCCGCCUGUGGUGUGUUAGAUGAGAAACCGUGGAAAGGGCGACCAUGGUGGCUCCGGACACUGAAACCCUCCCCCGUCAAGACGCUGGGCAAUGGCACGCAACGGGGCCAGCUGCCCCUCAAGCGGUCGGCGAGCGUCGAGCGUUACGUGGAGACCCUGGUGGUGGUGGACAAGAUGAUGGUGGGCUACCACGGCCGGAGGGACAUCGAGCAGUACAUCUUGGCCAUCAUGAAUAUUGUUGCUAAACUUUUCCAGGACUCAAGUCUAGGAAAUAUUGUCAACAUCCUCGUCACCCGCUUAAUCUUGCUGACAGAAGACCAGCCCACCCUGGAGAUCAACCACCACGCCGGGAAAUCGCUGGACAGUUUUUGCAAGUGGCAGAAGUCCAUCGUGAACUGCAACGGCAAUGGGAACACCAUUCCGGACAAUGGGAUUGCUAACCACGACACCGCUGUUUUGAUCACCAGGUAUGACAUUUGCAUCUACAAAAAUAAGCCGUGCGGGACUCUAGGCUUGGCCCCCGUGGGCGGGAUGUGUGAACGUGAGAGGAGCUGCAGCAUCAACGAAGAUCUCGGGCUGGCCACAGCAUUCACCAUUGCCCACGAGAUCGGCCACACCUUUGGCAUGAACCACGACGGCGUGGGAAACAGCUGCAGCUCUCGAGGGCAGGAGACGGCCAAGCUGAUGGCAGCCCACAUCACCAUGAAAACCAACCCUUUUGUGUGGUCCGCGUGUAGCCGAGAUUAUAUCACCAGCUUCUUAGAAUCAAGGUGCGGAAAUGGAAAGCGAACGAGCCGUGUGUGCAACACAAACCUCGCCUGCCUUUAUCCAUCCUUCUGUCUUUUGUCUCCGUCCCGCCAGGAUGUUUGUAACGAACUUUGGUGCCUGAGCAAGAGCAACCGCUGCGUGACCAACAGCAUUCCGGCGGCGGAAGGGACCAUCUGCCAAACCAACACCAUCGAAAAGGGGUGGUGUUAUAAACGGGAAUGUGUGCCUUUUGGAACACGGCCAGAAGGGGUGGACGGCGCGUGGGGCUCAUGGUCAUCCUGGGGAGAGUGCAGCCGGACAUGCGGCGGCGGCGUCUCCUCGUCCGUCCGCCACUGCGAUAACCCACGGCCGACCAUCGGAGGGAGAUAUUGCUUGGGGGAGCGGAAACGAUACCAAUCCUGUAACACCGAUGAUUGUCCUCCAGGAUCUCAAGAUUUCCGAGAACUUCAGUGCGCCGAAUUUGAUCAUAUUCCGUUUCGUGGCAAAUAUUACACCUGGAAGACCUACCGAGGAGGGGGCGUCAAAUCCUGCUCUUUGAAUUGCCUAGCAGAAGGGUUCAAUUUCUACACGGAAAGGGCCGCGGCUGUGGUCGACGGUACCCCCUGUCGCCAAGACUCCAUUGAUAUCUGCGUCAGCGGAGAAUGCAAGCAUGUAGGUUGUGAUCGCGUUCUCGGUUCGGACACCAAGGAAGACAAGUGCUGUGUGUGUGGUGGGGACGGGAGCACAUGUGAAACUAUCGAAGGCAUCUUCAACUCUUCUCUGCCCGACGGAGGUUACGAGGAGGUGAUCUGGAUCCCCAAGGGAUCGGUACACAUUGAUAUCCGGGAAGUCAACCUUUCUUUCAACUACCUUGCUCUCAGGGGGGAGAACGAUGAAUACUAUGUCAACGGGAAACUCUCGAUUGAUCCUCCCCGACGCUUCGAUGUUGCCGGGACCGCGUUCCACUAUAGACGAUCUCCAGAUGAGCCAGAGUCGCUGGAGGCCCUGGGACCAACCAACAUCACUCUCAUCGUCAUGGUUCUCGUGAGAGAAGAGCUCCAGAGAAUCCGGUAUAAAUUCAACGCCCCCAUCGCUCGCAGUUCCAUGGCCCAGUAUUUUUGGCAGUACGUCUCAUGGACAAAAUGUUCAGCCCUCUGUGCUGGAGGCAGUCAGGUCCAGCCCGUCGUCUGCCGGAACCAGGCCGACAGCUCCACAGUGUUCAGCCACUUCUGUAGCCCUGAAACCAAGCUGCCCGAGAGGCAGAGGAAAUGUAACACCGAGCCAUGCCCGCCAGCCUGGGUGGUCGGGAACUGGUCCGAAUGCAGCCGAAGCUGUAACCAAGGGGUGCGCACCCGGAGCGUGACCUGUCGGCGCAAGAUCUCCCUCACCGAGGAGAAAACCCUCGACGAUGGGGCCUGCCCUCCGCCCCGCCCGCAAGUCCUUGAGCCAUGCAAUAACCAGACCUGCCCUCCGGAGUGGGCCACUCUGGAUUGGUCCGAGUGUACCCCCAGCUGCGGGCCAGGAUUCCGCCACCGGAUCGUCCUCUGUAAAAGCGGAGACCACAGCUCCACCGUGCCAACCUCUGAGUGCCCCAAGGAUACCAAGCCCCCCACCAGCAUUCGGUGCAGCCUCCAACGGUGCCCACCCCCGCGUUGGGUCACCGGCGAAUGGGGAGAGUGCUCUGGGCAGUGUAACUUUGGCCAACAACAGCGGUUGGUCCAGUGUGUGACCCACACCGGGCAGCCCUCCGGCGAGUGCUUGGAGACUCUGAAACCGGCGGUGACACAGCAGUGCAAGAACAAGUGCGACCCCAGGCCAACAGAAAACCUUGAAGAAUGCAAAGAUGUGAAGAAAGUUGCUUAUUGCCCUCUCGUGCUAAAAUUUAAAUUCUGUAGCCGGCCUUACUUCCGACAGAUGUGCUGCAAAACCUGCCAUGGGCGUUAAAUCUCACGGGAGGGUGGUGAGAACGGCUGAGCGUGGCACUCCAAAGAAACUGGAAUGACUCUGGAGGAAAGGGGAGGCCGCGUCCCCCCGCUGCCCCAAACCGCCCCUUCUCAACGAAGAGCGUCCACGAAUCCACCACAGAGGCAGCCGGCCGUGGCACCACUCCGUACUUUUCCUCUGUUCCCUUUGGGGCCUCCGUGGAAUGGCCACCGGAAAGUGAGCUGCAACGGUGGAGGAAGGGGGGGGGAUGUCCAAACGUGGCGCGCGGGAACACCCCUGCCCAUAGACAGAAAGGAGGGGACCCAAGCCGGGGCAGCUGAAUCCAUUACUUGAAACUCGGAUAUUUUUAAUUUAUUUUUAGGGGCGCUGCCGGGUCCCACGGCCACCCACUGCCCUGCCACGGUGCUGAUUCCCAGACUCCCCACCCACGCCUUUCAUCAUGCAGAGGAGAGCGAGUGAUCACCGGCACCCAUAAAAGUUGCCGGUUAUUGCUCCUGCGAAAGGCGAUGCCUGGAUUUCCCCCAUAUUCCGUGGGUUAGGUGGGGCCACCACCGAGGAGGCAUGUUCAGGAUCAUAGAUGGGAAAGAGCAAGGUAUCCCCACGCCGCGGCUGUUCAAUGGAGGCAAGUAGGCAGGACAGAAUCUUCCGCGGUGGCUUUCCUUUUUUAAAAUCCCUUGCCUACAGCUUGGGGGAGCCCAUGAUAACCCUUCGGUCUGAGCACGGUCCAGCUUUGCACAAAGAGAAGGUGGGUUCUCUCCCAGCAAUCUAUCUAUUGAGGCUUUAGUGGAAACUUUUAAAGCUGGUGCUAUUUAAGACACUGACUUCAUUGCCGCCUUCCCCACCCCCCAAGAACAGAGUCAGACCCUUGAAUUGCUGCUUUAAAGUUCAGGCCAAAACCCGGAGCAGACUCGCCAUCAACACCCAAACACACAAUUUUGGAAUUAGAAAGAGAUGCUCAGUUCCUAAAUUGGUCUCGUUUGAUCUCUGAACCAGAUCUGGCUCCGCCACAGUGGCCCAGACCUCAAGUCGAUUUGGUUUAGAAUUCGGAUUCGCGGACAUAACAAAUCGGUGCUAUGAUUUUUUUGAUGUUAACUUCUCUAGCUUUUACUUUAUUUCUAAAGAACAGCACAGAGUUUUCUAACCUGGAAGGUUCGUCACCGAGACCAGCCUCAGCAGCUGUAACUGAAAUUAGUUAUUUCCAGAGUCUUGAGGGAAUGACUGUAACUAAUUACUGUUCAGAAGUAACUUCUCGCAUUCUCAAAAGGAAUCUUAAACUGGAUGUCAUUGAGGUGGUUCAGCUUUAAUCCCCAGGCUCACUCCAUGCGAUGUUGCUUUAACGAAUGUUACUUCGUUUACUUCAAGGGCCCCCCUCCAGCUGUGCAGUCUUUUAAGAUCUUCCUGCACAGUCUCCCCAAAAGGACCCCCAAUAUAAGCCCCCAAAACCUUACUUGGGAGGAACCAGAAGCAAAAAA